GAGUGAAUUACAUGGUGGUAAGCCCUUAUAGCAUCAAGAUGGCGGGCUUUCGAGAUAGAGAAAAGCGACACUUCCCGCUAACAAGUAUCCAAGCUGUUGUAGAUUUAUUCAGUGAUCAACUCGAGAAAGGAGAUGACGUUGACUUAGCACUUCUGUCUAUUGUGCUUGGGUGGAUUGAAAACACGCUGACAGUGAAUAGAUCGCUGCCGAGCAAUGCUGAUGAUUCGAAAACCAUCGCUCCUAUCUUCCCAGUUGUUCAAGCAGAUACGAUCGAGGCGUUAUACGCCAAAUUUACAGCUCUCGUCAAAAGUUCUGUUGAUCUUUCAAAGUUUGAAAAGGGAUAUGCUACACGAGAGCUUGUGAAAAAAGUUUCCGAUGUCAUAUGGGGAUCUCUGACACGCAGCAGCUAUAAAGACAAAGCUCAUCUCCAGUCACUCUACAGUUUUUUGAAUGGCAACAAGCUGGACUGUUUUGGGGUUGCCUUUGCUGUGGUAGCAGCGUGCCAGGUGCUCGGGUUUCAAGAUGUGCGUUUGGCACUCUCAGAGGACCAUGCCUGGGUUGUGUUCGGCAAAGAAGGCGUUGAGACAGCUGAGGUGACUUGGCAUGGCAAAGGGAACGAAGACAAGAGGGGUCAGCCAAUAACAGAUGCUGUUGCUGACAAAGCUUGGCUAUACCUCAAUGGCCAGCCAGUGAUCUGCACUCGCCAAAUGGAAGUAGCAGCAAUUGUAUCUAGCAUCAAUCCUGCAAUUACUCCCACAAUUGAUAGUGUGGAGAUGGGAUCUUUACAGCAGGAGCUUUUAUGGAUGCUGUACAACAAAGGGCAUCUGGCCAGAUAUCCGAUGGCUGUUGGUAACCUUGGCGACUUGGAAGAAAUCAGCCCUCUUCCAGAUCAUCCUCCUCCUAUCAAGUUUUUCCAGGAAGCUAUUGAUGUUGCCAUCAAACACUACAACAAUCAGCAUGUCUAUCCCUACACCUACCUCGGUGGCUUUCUUUAUCGUAAAAAACGAUAUAAGGAAGCCAUCCAUUCCUGGGCAGAGGCUGCAUCAGUUAUCAAGGGGUACAACUACACUAGAGAGGAUGAAGAAAUAUACAAAGAGUUCCUGGAAAUUGCAAGUGACUUCAUACCAAAUAUUGUGAGGAACUGCACCAAAGAGGAACACUCGGCUGAUCUUCUUCAAGACCCUGCUGUUUAUGCAGACUUGCUGAGAUUCUAUGAUGGCAUUUGUGAAUGGGAAGAAGGUAGUUCAACACCAGUCCUACAUGUGGGCUGGGCACAGUAUUUCACCUUUUCAUUACAACGCUUUGAUCCACAAGUUCGGUUUCUGUUGGACAUCCAUGCAGAAAAUGAUGAAGAGGAUGAUGAAGAGGAGGCUGAAAAGGAGAAGGAAGAUGGCCAAAGCGUGAAGGAAGUACCUGAGAACAUGUCGAGUCGUCGAUCUUCCUUGACAGAGAAAGAAGUUACUGGUCAGCGCACUCGCCAUAGCAGGAAGAAGUCUCAGGCAGACAUCAGGAAAAAGGAUGAGAGUAAUGGCAACACAGCCAGAAAUGGUGCUAAAAACAUGGACAACAAAAGAGGAAAGAAAAGCGAAGAAGAUCAGCUCAAGUCGGCCAUCGAGGAGCUGGUUUCCAAAGUGGGAAGUGAGGAAGGCAAUGACACACCAAACCCCAGCAUUGCAGCACUAGCCCAAGCCUGCAGCUCAUCCAUUCUGAAUAAAGACUUUCUUCUUGGUGAGGGGGAGCCCUUUGCCCUCUCUGCUGCCCCGUCCACUGUCACCUCAGGAGCCGCUGGCAACCUCAACACGUCCACAGAUUUUGAUGAGUUUUUAAGCACUAAGUCAAACGGAACCCCUUUUAUCGGACUCAGUCUAGACUCUAUGCUGAAAGCAGAGAGUCCAGCCGACAUGAUGCUGUGUGGAAAGCGUUCAGACACAGUGCAUGCAGUUUCUUCGGAGCAGGUUCACAAUCAGGGGGAUCUCUCUUCAACUCAGGAACAUGUGACUCUGGAACUUAGAAGUGAGAAAAUGAAAGGUUUAAAAAAGAUUCUGAAACUGAAAAAACUGAAUGCCAAUGCCAUCAAACUGCAGCUGACAGCUCAGUCUCAGGUGCAUCUAAAACAUGUGAAACGUGGUGGGGAUGCAGAACCUCCAGGAUCUCUUCGGAAACGGUCCAGAAGAGAAUAAAGUUUUCUGCACAAACAUGCAGUAAAUAGAAAUGGGAAAACUGAGUACUUAUUGGUACAAAUUUCAUUUUUAAAUUGUAAAAUAUGUGUGUCCAUAUAGAUGUAUAUAAAACUAUAAACUCUAGUACUUGUGAAUGAUAAAUCAAUUAGCCAUCAUAAAAUUCUCUUUGAAACAAAAAUGGAAAGAAAAUGAUACAUUGCACCCUCUCUUUCAUAUAUUUAUGUGAACAAAGUGGAAUCCAGUUUAGACUUUGCCAUCUUGCUUAGCUGAAGAUGUCAAUAGUACUCAGUUUAUGAUUGUAUCUUGAAUCAUGCAAAGUAUCACAUUGCUUUUCACCUGGUUAGGCAGGUUUCAAGAUUCAUCAGCAGCUGACGUUGUACUUAUCAUGCUGGUUGUGUGAGAAACCCAAAAAAGGCUCGGUCAUUUUUCAUGCCCUUUCCUUCCUCCUCUGGUUAAGAAUUCUUUAGUUUGUGCAAAAUAGAUAUAAACAGAUAAAAACUUUUUUUCACUAGUUAUCAAGCAUCUAGCUAACCUAUCUUUUUGUAGUAAAUACUUUGUUUUUUGAUGAUUGUGUUAAACUUUUGUAUACUGGUGGCCAUAUUCAUUGAUGUACAAAUGUGACAAGGAUAAAAAGUUGAAUAUAACUGGAUAAAGAAGUUUUUCGCAUGAAUGUGUGCAAGAAAUUAAAUGAAUAAAUGUGGUUGAAAUAUUACAAUUUUUUGUAAGAGUAAAUGUCUAUUUUUCUCUUUUCUUAUUUAUUAACUGCUAGUUUUGUAUAGACUACACAUUCUAAAUUUAAAUUUAAUCUUUUUUGGAAAGAGAUGUACUAUUUUGGAUUUUUGAACCUGGUGAACAAGAGACAGUCUUUCUGCAUGUUGUCUUAUGUGCACAUCUUAAAAUCCUGCCCAUGCCUUGCGCUUACAUAUCUAAGAACUAAGUUCAGCACUGUGUCUAAAAUGUAACAUUUGUGGUAAAUCGCUUGUAUUGAAUUUUUGAUUGUAAGGGGAAAGAGAAAUUGUCACUCAUUUUAACAUUGCUGAGUGACUAGAUUUGUAGACCAGUUGUGUUUCACUGAUAGAGAGUAUGGAUGCAUACAUGCUUACAUAAUUAGAUUGUUGCCUUUCUAUUGAUUGUCCUGGUGCUUGUUGUGUUUCAUGGUUUUGAGUUUAACCAAUAGCAGGAGAGUAAUAAUGGGAGACAAAUCUGCACAUAAUGCUGGCAUCUUCCCGUCACUCCCCACUCCCUUCCCUCUUAGAUCUCCUCAGAAAUGUGGUAGAUUUUGACAACUUGUGUCACUAACAGGGAAAGAGUACAGCCAACAAGACAAUGAAAGUGGGAAGAGUUGCUCAAGAUACCAUAUUUUAGAAGCCAGCAGUUUGCUUAUGGUACGUUCUGAUGCUUGAGGUCAACUUUCUUCGAUGGCCUUAAUUGGCUUUGAUAUUGUGCCUGUGAAGAGUUACAUAUGUUCCUUUAUAAGAGAUUAGGUCACACGCGAUUUUACUUUUGUUUUCUUGGUUCACUCAUUUAUUAAUGUGGAUUAUCUCUGGAUCAUUAUUUGUGUGUGUGAAGGGCACGUGCAUAUUCACUAAGUUGCUAGCAUCACUUAUAUGCCAAUCCAUCAGAAUUGUGCAGCAUCCAUCUUGUUCAUCAGAUUUUUUCAUUGAGCAUUGAUGUCCGCUCAAAUCUUCUGAUUGUCAAUUGUUUAAAGACAUUCUAUUUUUCCUAAUAUAGUAUAAUUCUGCCGCAGUGUUGACCAUCAUGUAUCCAAGUUUGACAGACAAUCCCAUUACUUUGAUAUUUGCUAGUGUUAAUUGGUUGGAUGCUUGAUCAUGAGAAAACUUUGCCUAACUUGUCAUUCUGUUAAUAUCAUUUAGCAUCAGGCAGUGGUUUUUUUCAUCUUGAUGAAAGGAAAAAUAUGUUCUACAUUUUGACGACGUUGACUUUUGAAAAUGACAAUCAUUUACUGUUUAUUUUUUGCUUUGAUUCUGGUAAUCUGCAGAGGUCGUAGAGGGGCUGCAUGAUGAGAACAAAUAGGCUUUGUGUAUUACAGUAUAUACAAUAACACAGCUGUAUAUAAUAAGCAAAUAUAGAGGGGGGAAUGAACCAUGAUCUUCUAUAAUAAUGACAAUUCAACGAAAAUUCUUUCUUUGGUAGACUCGUGCCCAUAACUGAUGUUGGGGGAGUGGAUAGUAGGGGGGAUCCCAUGAUCUUCUACAGUUGGUGUAUAACAUCAGGCAAAACAAAGUUUAGAAAGUAUUGUUUGUUUUAAAUGUAUAAAAUAGGUUAUUAUCUUUCAGACCAAGCUAGAUAUUCUGAAUCAGCAAGAUAAUAAGACUGCAGUCAGAUUAAAAAAACGCACACACACAUCAACUGUGUUCUCAUCUUUACUGCACACCCACAUUAGCUUUCAAAUGUGACAUAGAUUUCAUAUCAUUAAUAAUUAUCUGAGAUGAAACAUGGGUACGAGAGAACACUUCCAUGAAAGAGCUAAGAAUAAAGGUGGUAAGCUAACACCUUGCAGCAACUUUGUGAGGUGUCUGAUUUGGAUUUGAGGAACAAAAGAGUUUAGACAAAAGUGAAUGGUUAUGCUGAAUGGAUAAAGACUGUAUCAUGUGUUAAUUUCAAAUAAGAACACAGUCACUUCAAAAUAACUUGUGGCAUAAUCAAUUUGCAUACAGUUCUGACUUUUAUUGAUUUCAACAUAAUUCAUUCUUGGGGUAGGAGCUGGCCAGGACAGAGGUCUGACAUUGAAAAAGCUGUGACUUUUAGCAUCAGAUGUAAAAUUUGUAUAGACGUGUUUUAGUGCAGAUAAAAAAUUUAAAGUUAUAGAGAGGGAGAGAGAAAAGAAAAGCUUUUAUGCAGAUUCUCUAAUAUUUCUGUAUGGGUUACUUUAAUCACAAGAUGCACUAAAUCAUUAUAUUUAUUUAUCAAGUUCUAAUAAGAACAACACAAUGUGUAAUAAGUGGCAAUUUUGGUUUACAUCUGCUUUUAGUUGUAAAGGUGUGUAGGCAUAGACAUCUUGCUUGUUGUGUGGUUCUCUGCUUACAAAAAGUGCUUUGUGAUCACAUUUCAUUUAUCAACUGGUGUAUAUAAUGUUGUAUAAAUUAUAAGCAUUUUCAACAUAUGUGCAUGCGUUCAUGCACAUACAGACAGAUAGAUACAUAUACUUGAUCGUUUUUUAAGAGAGAGGGAGGGGUGUACAUACGUGCACACAAGCACAUAUGCAUAUGGAUAGUCUUGUUUUAUUUUGGUUUAACUUUCUUCCCUUGAAGGCUUGCCUGUUCAUAGAUAUUGACAAUUUUUAUAUGUUUAUGGGACAGGUACUUUUAUUUGUGGAAAUUGGGAUGGUCCACAUGGUUGCAGGAUACUAGUUUUUUUGGAAAGGAUGCUGACAUGCUUUGAUGGCUUAUUCUGUUCUUAUUGAUAAUGGGGUAAGACAAUCUGUGAAUAUUUUGUACAUAUUAGUGUUUUACAACACAUAAAUGCAUGUGCAGUAGAUAGAACUUUGUCCAAUAUAUACUUAAAAGUUGGCAGCAAUGGUUUAAUCUUUAGAUAUUGUCUAUGUACAAAGAUACUGAAUGUUUGAUGUGUUGGCUUUCUGUUGUUGUUGUUGUUUUGUUCUUGUUUUACUGGCAACAGUUUGCACAAGGAUUCAUAUUCACGUGUUCCAUAGACUACCAUUUUAUUCUGUUUAGAGUUCUUGUUUCUGGUCAAAUAUUUCGGCUUGUGAGUCUGUGUAAUUAAACAGCAGGAACAGGGAUCUUCAGUAGUACAUGUAACAUUAGCUAAGCAUAAGAUAAGACAAAACAUGUUAGUUAAAAGAGACAGAAUUGUAGACUGCAUGUCAGUUUUUCACUCAUUCCCCACUCCUUCCCCUACACUUACCCCUGAAGCAUAUAGAAUGUUGCUGUUGGCUACUUAUAGGAUAAAACAAUAGACACGUUACAACAGUAGGUUGUGGAGAUGAUACAGCAGCUCAAAUAGACUUCAACACUUCAUGUCAAGGAGAAGUAAGGCAGAGUCAUGUGAGCCUUGAAUACCUGAGAAUUUUUAACUGUAUGAUCAAAGGGGUAGUAGAUGUUGCAGGCAGUUUUCAAGGAUGUUGAAGACAAAAAUGACUUAAUGACAAUAGGCAAACCAUACUAGCAUGCGGGAAGACAUCAAGAAGACAUGGAGGAGGAUUGUGCCUGGUAGCAAUCAGUUCAGUAAUUCUGCUCCCUCCGCCAUGUUUGGUAUCUCCUUUUUCACAUUUGAGAUCUUAUUUAGAAAAUUCAUUCAUACCCCAGAUGUAGAUUGAUAAGCUUCAUGCUGAAGUGUAAUGACCAAAGCUUGAUCACUUCGCUAUUUGACCUGAGGUCCAGUUUGUGCUCCUGCAGCAUGGUGUAAUAGCCACACGUUUAGAUAAGUGAUGGUGAUAUUUGGUAGUCAUUUGUAGGCAGAUGUCUGUCACCUUUCAAAGUAAAUUAUUGGCAUCCUUUAUAUCUUCCUUCUCAUUCACAUAGAUAUUUUUGUAUUUAAUUUCCUGUGGUGGAGAGACAAGAGAUGGUAACAAUGAAGUUCCAGAUAGCCUUCCUGCACAGACUGCUCAUUUCUUUUAAAGAUUUUCUCAUGCUAGUGUAUAGCUAGAACUUUCUGUGACUGAUAAUAGGUAGUUCUGCUUUGUAAGUGGAGUGAAGAGAUAUCUGUGUCUCUUCUGGAUAACCACUGUGAACUCUGCGAAGAAGUGUCUAGGGGCAUUAUGUGAAAGCCUUGAUGGGACUUAACAGUUUUGCCAACAGCUUCUUUUCUUUCUACCUCUUGUUUACAUUUCUCUGAAGACUGUCUCUGUGUCUCUCUUUUUUUUUUUUUUCUAAUAAACUGAACAGAAAAAGCCAUAAACUUUUCUGAAAGCAUCAAUAGCAGCACAAAAACUAACUGUUUCUGCUGCUAUUGAUAUCGAUUUUUUUUUAAUAUUGUCUUGCAUUUUUUUUUUUUUUCCUAGCACUACACCAGUUCCACUUUGGGAAUUAUAAGUUUAAGUAAGAUUUGUUAAUUGUACAUACAGAUACCUUGUAGAAAAUUAUUUGCUGUAAAAUCUAUGAAUGUUUUCUGUUAUCUAUUUACUGCAAUGAUUUAGUCAGAAAAAUUGAUCAAGACAAAAGAUUUCAUUGUCGAGAUUUGCAUUAUGGAAUCUUGCUGCCUGUGUCAACCUGACCUACUUUGUGCACACACAUUUGAAAGAGAGAGACAAAGACUCCAAGACCGAAUCUUUUUAUCAGAGAUAUUAUUUUUGAAGUUUUUCUUUUAUAAGGAAAAAAGCAAUAAAUGGAAGUACACUGUACAGUAUAUAUUUGAUGUAGUGAAACACUUAUUAUGUUAGAUGGCUGACUUGGAAUCCUCAUUUGUGCUUGUAUAUACAGUAUCAGUAGCAGUUCUUGGAGCAAAGCCUGGCCGCUCCCUCUACCUGUGUGCUUCUCACUAUGUCUCCACCCAAAGAAAUCAAUUGUCUUUGUGUCACAGCAAGCUUGCACAAUUUCGACAGGGAGUUGCAGGCCUUUGUCCCAAACAGUUAAACAUUGUGCAACAACAACAAAGGAGACAUGCACAGCAACGGUACCUGGAUGAUAGUGAAGAGAUGAAGAGAAGCCAGUCUAGUGAACUUUAAGUGUAUUUUUGAGUAAGUGUUUGUUUGGAGGUGCCAUAAACUGGGAACAAAGAUCAUUAAAGUUUCAUAGCAGCUAUAAAAAAUGUAACAAUAGCGGCAAGGUGCAAAAAUGAAAGUUGUGAACACUUUUGUGUUCAACCUUUACCACCAGCUCAUUACUCUAGUCUUCUAUGUGAAGUCAUAGCCCUUUUUUCAUCUUCCUUUGUUUUAGUCCCUUGUCAAUCUGAUGUUUUGGGGACUUGGUGUACUGUUUUUGGGUUUGCUUUUCUUUUAGUGAGGACAGGAAGGCUUAAUGCUGUUAAAGCAUUUUUAUAAACAAGUCAAACUUAAAGAGAAAAUUUAUUCUAAGAAAUGUUAUGUGUGCAUGAGAGAACUAUUGAGGGAGAAAACAAAACUUGUACCAUCUGUUUCAAUUGUUUUUCUCUACAAUAUGCUGUUAGUGGAAAAAAAAACUAUCCUAAAAGUGCCCAGAAUAGCAUUAACAGCACAGAUUUGUCGUGCAUUUGCUUGGUCAGUGACUGUAAAAAAAAAAACCAGCAAAUGUUUAUGAAAGCCUCAGGCAGUUGGGUUUUAACCUAUCUGCAAUUAGUUCAGAAUUGUAGGCACAUUUAAAUGUGUGAUUUUUUUUAAUCAAAUUUUUUUUUUUUCACAAGUAUGAAAAUCUUAAAGCCUUGGACAUAGUUUGGGGAAUGCAGUGUAAAUUUCCUUGACAUUUGUUUAAUGAUGCUGAUGCAUCUGAUUGAUGAAUGAAAUUCUCCUUCACUUAUCAAAAAGACUUUACCAUUGUUAGUCAUAGAAUCCAGAAGAUGAGCCUGAACCAUUUUACUAUGCAGAUUCUUUGUUGUUAUUUCCUUUCGGAAAUUCCUAUUUUUCUAAACCUUAGGUGCUGGAAUGUUGACCACUUACAGGUUGGUCCAGCUGAAUAGCAUCUGUCCUGUUUGUUAUAUCGUGUGCACCAGUCAUUGACAUUAACUUAGGCAGAGGUUUUGCUUUAAGUGGGAUUCAUGUUUUGCAUGAAUUCUAACCACUACUUUCAGUGUUGGAACAAAUUUGUGAAUCAUUUUUUGUCCAUACCGAAAUAUAUUCACAUGCAAAUGCUUACAUACACUCAUGCAUGCAUGAACAUACAAAUAUGUACUAAUGCACGGAUGAACUUGAGUUCGUUUACAAGUUUGGGGGUUUUUUUGUGAAUUUUAUUGGGUUUUUAAACUUUUUGUUUUGUCUUUGUUUGAGAAUUUGUUGCUGUAGUUUUUUUUUUUUGUUGUUUUUUGGGUUUUUUUUGUAAUAUUCAGCCCAGUCUAGGAAUCUCAGGGCAAGUGUUCAUCCAGUCUUAUAUAUUCAUUGAAUCAGAGGACAGACAUCUUUAGCAUUGGCUUAGGAGGACAAUCCCGGUGAGUUUCAGAGCCUCCAUGAACUCCUGUCGAACAAAAAAUGUAUUCUGUUUUCUGUGGUUUUUCUCCCCAAAAAUGUUCCUGUAGCAGAAUGUUUUAUUCACAUAUGAACAAAGACCAAAGUAGUGGAAUGUUCUGUGUUUUGUAUAAUUGUUAAUGAUUUAAUGCACUAUUCAUGAUAAGAUGCCCAUCACAUUGACAAAUUUACCUCCAUUUGUGUGUUGUCAGUGUCUACCUAAUCCCAUCCCAGCUGAUUUCAAUUUGUCUGGAGGGUUUUUCCACUUUUCUUUGGUUUACCUAAUCUUGCAAUUAAGUUUAGAGAUUAGCAGAAAUAUUCUGGUAUGACAUGAUGUUUUAAAUUUUAAAUGAUCUUUGACUUAAUAUCAAACUUUGUCAUGGAUAUUUAAAUUUUAAAAUGUGUCUAUUUUUUUCAUGCAAACAACUUAUUGAGAAUCAAAAAUUACCUUAAAGUCAUAAACAAAAGCAUUGUUUUAUGAAUAGAAUCUAGAAGUUGUCUUCACGCAAUACUUGAAAUGUGUUGUAUCACUUUAAAAGCAAGACAUGUAGCUGCCUUCUGACAAGAUGGGCAGAAGAAAUCAGUUCACAAGAAAAGACACCCCCCUCCCCCAAUGAUACAAGUCUUUGGCCAACAGUUUAGUUUAUUCUUUCUUGCUCCUUUGAGGAGCAUAGGGCCACAACAACACCUCGCCACCAGACCCGGUUUUGGGCAUUCCCCCUUAGUUGGGCCUAUGUGGUUCCAGUGUCCUUUGCCUUUGUUUCUACUGUUCUUUUCCAAUUGGCCCACAGUGAUUGGCAACAUUUCUUCAUCGUUGUUUCUUUAAAGACUCCUAUUUUUCAAGUAUAUUGUAGUGGACUGUAUUAAAACAAAUGACAAGAACAAGCAAAGGAUGGGUUCGGCAUGGCUUAUUGAAAUAAAUCAUUUGACCUUCAUAAUGUUUAGUCAAAUAUCCUCUCUAAAAAUUAACCAGAAUUACUGUUGUUUGUGAAGUGAGCCAUAAUCAGACAUCUGGAACUGGACUGAUUUGUUGAUGGAUUUUGAUGCUGUUUCUCUAUGUUUUUCUAUUCAACAAAGGUAUCUGAAGCGCAAUUUGUUCCUAGGUUGUGGCAUCACCAUGUUACCUAACGGCUGUGAAACAUCUUUUGGUUAUUCGUUUCAUUAAAUGCUGUUCUGUACAGUUUGAAAAAAAAUAUGCAAACAAUGAUUGUGGUGAUGUCUGCAGAUCUCCUUUCUCCCAUAAUUACUGAAAGCUGUCACUUUUGAGACUUUUACCAUCAUUUUCUUGUUUCCUCUAAGAAAGCAUUGUAUCCGAAGUUUUUGGAGGUAUCAGCAUUUGUUUUUAGUGUUUUAAUUUAAUAAUAAUUAAUAAUCUGAAUUCAAGAGAAAAUGCUGUUUUAAUUUCUAGGAAUUAUAGUUUGUCAAGUUCAAAACUAGCAAUAUGUUUAUAUUAUUUUAUUUCUUGUACUUUAAGAUGGAAAUGCUAGGGUUUAUAAGACACUAUUCUUUUGAUGGUCGAGUAUACAGUGCUACCACACAAAACCAUAUGCUUAUUUCUGUUCAGUAUAUUCAAAGUUAUUUUAAACUGACGACAUUUCUUUGACUUGGCUCCAUCUCAUGUGAGGGAUUUGUGUGAAAAACUGUUUAGUCUUCAUAUCACUAUUGCUGUGACUAUUUUAAUUUAAGGAUGGAGACAUGUCUUGCUGGUUUAUUUCAAGCAUUUUGUUUUCUAAAUAUAAAAUCUAUUUUGCCUUGCAUAUGUUGAUCACCAUGCAACUUAAGAAAUUACUGUCUUGUUACUUUUCCCCUCCAAAUUCUUUGGUAAUAUCUUUAUAUAUAGCUGGUUGGAUUACAUUUUCAAAAGACAAAAUAUUUUUUACAGUAACCAUUGUGAUAAAAAGAUACAAACAUGACAUUUGUUGAAAAACACAAGAAUUGUAUUUUGCGGAAAGUACCCUCCAUUUUCAUCCAAUAAAAAUUCCCUUUGUUGCACCA